AUGAAAAGUUAUGUCUCCAUUGUAGCUGAUACCACGUGUCGUUAUAUCUUCUGGUCAAGGCAUAGCCUUGAGUACUUAAUGAUAAAAGAGCCUUACUUGGCAACCGUGUUGAGUCUCAUUUUCGGCCGUGACAUAACAAAUAAACUGUACGCCCUCAAUGAGAAAGUGCUGACUCCACGCGGCUCCAGGAUGGACAUUCGUUUGCCAAGCAUUUCCUCGUCCAUUCACUCUGGUCGAGACAUUAGGAAAACCAUUGCUUCCAUACACCAUUCAGUGCAGGGGACAGUAGUGGGCAGUUAUACAAAUGGCAACCACACACAAGACAAUGAAGAUGAGGAUGUUGCUGUAAAAGUCAACAGAUCUCUCACACUGGAUAUGGUCAGUUUUUAUUGCUACAAAUCUAUCUCUCACUUCUUCCACCACUGCUUAUACUCUCUCCAUUCUUUCUAUCUAUCUAUCUAUCUAUCUAUCUAUCUAUCUAUCUAUCUAUCUAUCUAUCUAAAUGUUCAUAUCUAUCUAUCUAUCUAUCUAUCUAUCUAUCUAUCUAUCUAUCUAUCUAAACCUGUUCAUAUUCAUCUAUCUAUCUAUCUAUCUAAACCUAUUAUCUAUCUAAACCUGUUCAUAUUCAUCUAUCUAUCUAUCUCAUCUAUCUAUUCAUCUAUCUAUCUAUCUAAACCUGUUCAUAUCUAUCUAUCUAUCUAUCUAUCUAUCUAUCUAUCUAUCUAUCUAUCUAUCUAUCUAUCUAUCUAUCUAAACCUAUUCAUAUCUAUCUAUCUAUCUAUCUAUCUAUCUAAACCUAUUCAUAUCUAUCUAUCUAUCUAUCUAUCUAUCUAUCUAUCUAUCUAUCUAUCUAUCUAUCUAUCUAUCCACAUCUUCCAAGAACACGGCGAAAAGGUUGAGUUGCUGAAUGGACAUGUCAACCAUUACCAGGGUCAGACACAGGGAUGCGAAUCCUCCACAUGUGUUGAGCCAAGGUCUACAAGGGGACCAGAUGUUCGCUUUGAUAUGUAG